UUUUUUCAAAAUCCUACCAUUCUCGAAUGAUGAAGCUUUUCAGAAACAGCUACAAAAUCCUCUACCCUGGUCGCAAAUUCCAUUUCGAAAACCCUGACUUCCGUAAUAUUCUCAUACCCAUUUCACAUUUACACAACUCCAGUAAAACGCUACAUUCCAAUUCAAAGUUGGAUGUCGUUUUCAAUGAGCUUGCUGAGCUCCAAUCUUCGAAACCCAUAUCCCAUGCUGCUCAGUCACGGUCAGGAAUCGAAGUACCGUUUGAUAAGGAGAGACCCACGAAGCGGAAUGAAUCAACGGUCCAGAUAUCACAUCCGUGGCAGGAAUGGGUGGAUUUGUUGGAAUGCUUGUUGAAGAGAGGCUACUUCGAUGGAGAUGGAAACCCUUUCGAAAAUGGUGAAUUCAGUUUGAAAGAAUCCAACACUAUCCGCACUGCGUGCCUUAAUUUUGCUAGGGAUCGGUUUAGCCUUUUAAGGUAUUUCUCAAGGAAAGAUAUUCAGGUCAUUGCAGGAUGCGGAUGCCCGAGCCUAGAUAGGAAAGUUGUCAACUCCGGAAAGCGCUUACGGGCUUAUGUCGGCAUUGAUGAAGGAAAUGUUUGCAGCUCCUGCAAUUUGAGAGGAAACUGUGACAGGGCGUAUGUGAAGGCACGUGAAGAUGAAGGUGGGAGGACUGUGGAUGUGAUGCGCAUUUUGUUGACAUAUGGUCUUGACUCCAUCACUGGUUCUGUGGAAAACAAGCCAUGUCAAAACAAAUUGGUUAAAGAAUCAGUAAGAAGACUGCUGAAAGAAAUGGUUGACUAUAGCAACCGGGAUCUACAAUCUGGCAUGCCAAAUGCUGCACCCUUAAGAGGGGAUGCUUCACUACAGGAUCAUUCAAGUGCACUGGGACACAUAAAAGUUCCAAUGAAGCAAGGCGAUUGGCUUUGCUCCAAGUGCAACUUCCUAAAUUUUGCAAGAAAUAUUAAGUGCUUGCGCUGUGAUGGUUUAUAUGAAGAAAGACUGAGGCAACUACGGGAGGAUCAGGAUCAUCUACCAUUAAAGAAGGGAGAUUGGAUAUGUGAAAGGUGCAACUUCUUGAAUUUUGCAAAGAAUACAAGAUGUCUCCAAUGCAAAGAGAAGCCUCCAAAGCGUCAUCUCAACCCUGGGGAAUGGGAAUGUGAAUCGUGCAACUAUAUCAACUUUAGACGAAAUAUAGUUUGCUUGAAAUGUGACCACAAACGGCCAAAGGCCUCAAAUGCUUCAGACAGAUUCACUCAAUUUGAAUAUGACAAUGGAUCAGGUUUCAACAAUGGUGGAAUUGAAGGCAGCAUCGAUAAAUCUGCAGGUCAAGACAGAAAGCGAUAUAAAGGUGCAGAUAUGUGGAAGUUUGUACAUGAAGAGAAAGAAGAAGAAGAAGAAGAAGAAGAAGAAGAAGAAGAAGAAGAAUGCCUAGAUUCAUGGACUGAGAAUUCAAAGUUCAUUGAUUUUCCCGUUACUAGAGGUAAGACUACUUUGUCACAUAACGCAGAAGUGAAAGAGAAGUGGAAGUUGGAGAUGUCAGAGAGGAGAAAGAGUCCCACAAUGAUAAUGCAAAAUGAUGAAUCUAAAUGCAAUGACAGCCAGAGAAAGUUGGAAUUGCUUGAAUCAUCCGAUGAUGAAGAGAUGGCUGAUUGGUUUAGGCGUAGAGAAAUGGGUUCAGAAGGAUCAAGGGUUGUUGUGCCCAGGAAUUUUAGAUUGCUAGAAGAGCUUGAGAGAGGUGAAAAAGGAAUUGGGGAUGGAACUGUUAGCUAUGGAAUGGAUGACGCUGAUGAUAUAUACAUGCAGUCAUGGACUGGGACUAUUAUUGGCCCCUCUAAUACUGUUCAUGAAGGGCGCAUCUACCAGUUGAAAUUGUUUUGCGGCAAGGAUUAUCCAGAUAAUCCACCAAGUGUGAGGUUUCAAACCCGGAUAAACAUGACCUGUGUCAAUCAGGAAACUGGAGUGGUUGAACCUAGCCUUUUCCCCAUGCUUGCUAAUUGGCAAAGGGAGUAUACAAUGGAGGAUAUAUUGACUCAGCUGAAGAAAGAAAUGAUGUCUCCACAGAACAGGAAGCUUGCUCAGCCUCCUGAAGGCAAUGAAGACGCAAGGCUCGAUCAAAAGGGUUUAGUGCUGAAGUGUUGCAUCUUUUGAACUUCAUCAGAGUUGUAUGAACAAAAUGUAUAUAAAAUACGUACACAAGAUGAUUCUAGCAACCGGCUUAGCUCCACCAAUAUGAAUGCUUGCAUAUGAGAAAGAUGUUCUUGAUUCCACCAGAUGGUGGUUAAAUAAAUCAACUUCUUAAUGAA